CAUGUUAGCAAUAGCAGCCAAAUCUCGUUUAAAAUAUACACUAAUAUCUUAAAAAGGAAGGACUCUACCCGAAAAAAAAAAAGAAGAAACAAGAAAAAGAAAAAAAAAGAUCGUUGUGGCUUGAAUGCCCUUGAUAGCAGGACCGCUCACUUAGAGCUGACCAGCAGCUAAACCACUCCUGAAAACAACUCCUUCAAUUAUUAACCACAGCCACGAUGCACACGAAGGUCGGUUAGCUAUGUAAUAAAUAUCCCAGAAAACCCGAAGCGAAAAAAAAACUUCCAGUGUGAUAAAAUAUAUUUCCCAUCUGAAUUAUCAUUCCGUUUGAUUUUAUCGCUAAAGGUAUUUGGUGAUUCCAUACGGCCCUUAAUCCUCUGAGUUGAAAUUCUGCCAAGGUCAACUUUGCCGUUCAUAGAACGAUAAAGUAAGGUACCAGUAAAAUAUUUUUUCUUUCUACCAUAGGUAUAAGGUUUGGAAUUUUGGGGGAGGGGUUAGUCGGUUACACCGACCCCGGUGUUAAACAGGUUCUAUUUCAUUGACCCCGAAAGGCGGAAACGUAAAAUCGACCUCGGCGGAAUUUGAACUCAGAACGUAAAGCCAGACAAACGAGCCAAAUAUUGAAUUCGAUUUAAUACUUCUAUAAAACGUCCUAGACAUGAAUGGAAUUAUAAGACAAGGCGAAGACACAGACUACUAAAUAAUUAAAUGAAUUUAACAGGAUAUUACACACACUUUAUUAAUUUGAUUCAUUCUCCACCAAUCGGAAGUGUUUGAAUUGACGGAAGUUGAAAGGUCUCUCUCUUUCUCUCCCCCCGUUUCUUUCACUCUCUCUCUCUCUCUCUCUCCAGGAAUUCUGGGUAUUCCAUCUCCAUCCCAAAACACUGCGACUUGUUUUAAAUAUUAUGGACUUGGGACAAAGUCAGGUCUUCUAAUUAAUCGGAUUACCAACUCGGGACACAGUAAGGCUUAUUACAAUUGAAUUAUGGACUUAAGACAAAGCAAGGUUUACACUAAUUCCGCUGAAAAUAUUAUGGAAUACCUGGACUUUGGUUCCAUCUUCCUCUGAUAUGCCACGUCUUGUUUACUUCCACUUCUGUUAUUCGGAAUAGAUUGGUCGUGCUUUCGAUAAGUUUUUAUUGAGGAUAAAACUUGUAUUAAGACAGGAUGAUGGAAUAAUUCCAUUAUUUCUGUUGGAACCAUUUGUCUUAUGCAAUGAAGAAUAAGUUAUGAGGUUUAAUUUUGUAUGUAACUUGGCUCUUUUUGUAAACCUUGCUCUUAAUACUCGCUCUACACCAACAUCGUAUUCUCUGUUAAAUGAGACGUAACCACUAACACUAACCAGUAUUAAACAGUUUAUGCCAAAUUGGUAAACAUGUACGGAAUGAACAACCAAAAUAUUAGCAGUUCGGAGUCUAAAGACUUGGAGAAAUUCCUGCGGAGCUUUUCAAUUAUUGCAGUGCAGGCCAUUGUCCAGUCUCGGUUAGGUGAAAGGAUCCAAACGAAAAAUUCUUCACCUUCACAAUAUUGGUUUUCUCCGACUUUGAAAGAUGUGCCAGAAUUGAAUCGACACGCUCGAAGUUUUACAACUGGUUAUCAACCUCUCUCGGGACAAACAGUGUGUGUUGAAAUUUCUCUUAAAACCACUGAAGGGGAUUCUAUGGUUUUGGAAACCUGGCACAUGGGUCUGAAGAUGUCCAGUGACAAUAAAGAAAAUCAGGAUCGUGAAAACAGAGUACCACAUGUCCUUUAUUCAAAGAUGUGUCUAGCCUUGCGGUCGUUAAUCUACACUUCCAGAAUCACUCCUGGUUACACAUUAUCUCGAAAGCAAGGGCCUGAUAAUUACAUUAUAUGUUACAAGAUAUACUAUGGCACACCUCAGUUACAUGAACUGGGGCCAGAUCAUCAAAGGUUAAAAGCAGGACGGUUUCCAACGUCAAUGGGAAUUAUGUCCAUUAUUGUUGAUUAUCGAACAAACAUGCAGAUUUCUCAGCAUAAAACCACAAAACACAUUGCUAUUGAAAUGAAAGAUGACCAUUACAAAGCUGAAACCGGGAGUCCUCGUAAAAGCACAGCUCCUCGGCCGUGCCAUCCGGGGCACAGAAGGAUUGGCAAUAUACCUGAAAAUAUCAGCACCAAUGAAGUAGAUGGUCAACAAGGUCCUUUUUAUGACUGUACCGUAGAUAUUGAACAACAGAUUUCUAAUCCAGUAGUGAAUGGUUACGUACCGAAAUCACAACCGAUUGAUAUUCGCCAACAAGUAAAUGGCCACAGAAAUGAAUGUGAAUUCUCUGACUCUGACAAAGAAAAUGACUAUCUUGAUGAACGAGUGGUUGGUGCUUUUGCCAGUGAUCUGCAUUAUAAUCUGAACAAAACUUGCUCCAAUGCAAUGGAGGACAUCCCCUUCAUAACUCUCUUACAAAAUGCUAACAAACCUCCCCAACAGAGUUGUAGUCCCUCAGCAAUAUCACACAAUUCAGGAGCUGAAGACUUGGUAGCGAGCUCGGAAAGUGAGCCGGCCGUUUCAGACCACUUAUUACAACAAUACGGAAAUGGCACUACCAGUGAUGAUGAUGACGAUGAUGAUGAUGAAGAAAACUGCAAUAAAGAAGGAUUUGUGUUAAUUGAUUCAAUUCCUCCUUUUGCUGGUGAAGACACUUGUAGUGAUUUAUGGCGCUGCUACCAAGAGACACAAGGAGUACCUGCCCUGUCAAUAUGUAAAGAGGAGUUUACACUAGCUGAGACACUGCAGGAUGUGACCAAUCAACUACAAGCUUUUGAAACCAAUUCUAGGGACUUCGAUGAUUUUGUAAACGAGUUGGCUGAAAAGGAAUAAUAUCAUUACUUAACAAAUAUUUUAAAAAUAGGAACGUUUAUCAAUGACAAAUAAAUGAUUAUCAGGCAAUCUA